AUGAUCGCCAACCGUUUGAUGGUCCCCCGUGAAUCAGUGAACGUGCCCGUUACCGGAAUAGGAGGAGCGAAGGUCUACGUGAGAGACAAGCUGGUUGUCACGAUGCAGUCUAGGUGUUCCAGUUUCUCUACUGACGUUGAAUGCCUUGUGGUACCGAAGGUGACCGGUAUUAUUCCUUCUGUCAAAAUCAACACCUCGUCCUGGCCAAUCCCUGUUGGAGUCCAGCUCGCUGAUCCUACGUUCCACACGCCUAAUAGAAUCGACAUGUUGAUCGGUGCCUCGAAGUUCUUUGCCUUGCUGAAGUCUGGUCAUAUCCAUCUAGCCGACGGUCUUCCCGAACUCCACGAGACUCAUCUGGGUUGGGUCUUCUCAGGAGAACUAGACAACGAAGUUUCCAACACUGUUCUGGCCCACCAUGUGUCGCUUGAUUCGCUUGGGGAAACAAUUAGUCGUUUUUGGGAAGUGGAAGAUGUUUCACAAUCCGCGAAGGAGGAAGUGGAGUCAGAUACGUGCGAAGAGAAUUUCCGCUCCACUCAUCGGCGAACGCAGACUGGACGGUACGUAGUUUCACUCCCUUUCCGAGAAGAUGUCGCAGUGCUCCAAGACAACCGUUCCGUAGCUCUUCGUCGUUUCUUGAUGCUCGAAAGGCGGUUUCAGAAGGAUCCAUCUUUGAAACAGCUGUACGUUGCCUUCAUAGCUGAGUAUGAAGCAUUAGGUCAUUGUCAGGAAGUUGAUGAAUCUAAUGACGAUCCUUCCGAAGGACGUUAUUACUUACCCCACCACGCGAUAUUACGCCCAACCAGUUCGACGACCAAGCUGAGGGUAGUUUUCGAUGCUUCAGCGAAGGGCACCCCGGAAAGCAAAUCUCUCAACGAAGUACUUCAAGUUGGAGGCGUCGUCCAGAGUGACUUGUUGAGUAUUCUUCUUCGAUUCCGGGGCCACCCUGUGGUGUUCACUGCUGAUAUAGCAAAAAUGUAUCGGCAAAUACUGGUAGCUGCAGAACACACACGAUUCCAACGGAUUUUCUGGCGAACCGAACCAAAUCAACGACUGCGAGUUCUUGAGCUGUUAACCGUCAUGUAUGGGACGGCAUCCGCGCCAUUUCUGGCCACGAGAUGUUUGGUUCAGCUGUGCAAGGAUGAGGGAAGCCGUUUUCCCAUUGCAGCUAAAAUUAUCACGGAAGAUUGUUACGUGGAUGACGUUCUUUCUGGUGCGGAUAGUGCAGAAGAAGCCGCUGAAGCACAGAGUCAACUGGAAGGUCUUCUCCAACUUGGUGGAUUCCCUAUUCACAAGUGGAGCUCAAACUGUCCGGAGUUGCUGGAGCGAAUCCCUGAGGAAAAUCGAGAAAAGUUGGUACGUCUGGAUUCCACUGCGGACAACGAAGUGAUCAAGACCCUUGGGCUUACCUGGAGUCCAAGUUCGGAUGAGUUUUUAUUUGUCACGAGGUCGAAGUUCCCAGCAGACUCAACUGAAACCUACACCAAGCGAAAGGUGUUCUCGGAAAUCGGAAGGCUUUUCGAUCCUUUGGGCUUGGUCUCUCCCAUCAUCGUGGUUGCCAAAAUCCUUAUGCAGAAGUUAUGGACCGCUGGUCUGUCUUGGGAUGAGAAACUUGAAGGAGAAUUGCUUCAGUCUUGGUUGAAGUUCCGCGAUGCUCUGCCACAAAUGUGUGAAAUGAAAAUCCCUCGACGUGUUAUUCCAUCCACCGCCGUUGCCAUGGAAAUCCAUGGAUUUUGCGAUGCGUCUAUCUCGGCGUACGGCGCCGUCUUGUACGUACGAAGUGUGUUCCCCGAUGGCAGCGCCGAGUUGCGACUCCUUUGUAGCAAAUCAAGGGUUGCUCCGAUAGCCGAAUUGAGCAUUCCAAGAAAAGAGUUGUUGGCAGUUGUUGAUGACGUUGUCCUUUGGUCAGACAGCCAAAUAGUGCUUGCCUGGUUGCGCAAGCCACUGACCUCUCUUCAAGUGUUCGUAAGGAAUCGUGUCUCGGAAAUCGUCACGGAAACCCAAGACUACACCUGGAAGUAUGUCUCUACGAAGGAGAAUCCCGCAGAUAUUGUGUCAAGAGGAUCCCUGCCCAAAGCCUUAAUGUGUAAUGAGUUGUGGUGGAAGGGUCCCUCAUUCCUACAAGAAGCAAGGUACGAAAUCGAGCCGCCAAAUCAGCUACCAGAUGCGGAGUUGCCUGAAAUGAAAUUGACACCUUUCGUCUCUGCAGCUGUAUACAACGUCGAUGAUCUUCCUGUGUUUACCAAGUUCAGCUCGUUUCGGAAGCUGCAAAGGGUCAUCGCAUUAUCUCGCUUUAUCUCGAACUGUAGAGUCAAGGAUCCCAAGCUCCGAAACCGUGUGCGUUACCUCACUGUUCCCGAGUUGAGGCGAUCGUUGGAGACCAUCAUCAAGGUUGUGCAACAUGAAGUGCUUAGUGAUGAAAUCAACCGCAUCGAGAACAACGAACCGUGUAAACGAAUUGCCUCCCUGAACCCUGUGUGCCAGAACGGAAUCCUGCGAGUGGGAGGCAGAUUGAAGAAUUCGCCCGUAUUGACCAUGACCAAACACCCGUAUAUCUUGCCGAGGCAUCCGAUUGUCGAUCUUUUGAUCAGAGCGUACCAUCUUGAGAACAUGCACGUAGGUCCGUCAAGUUUGUUGGUAAUUCUUCGAGGUCGGUUUUGGUUGACAGAAGGUAGGUCUGCUGUACGAAAAAUCACGAGAAGCUGCGUUAUAUGUUUCCGCGCCAGGCCAACAAUGACAACUCAGCUGAUGGGAGAUCUGCCUGCUUGUCGUGUGACUCCUGCCCACCCGUUUGAGGUAACCGGCGUGGACUAUGCGGGCCCAGUUUUCGUGAAACAAGGACGACGGAAGCCAGUUGUGGAGAAGGCAUACAUUGCUGUAUUCGUGUGCAUGGUGACACGCGCCGUGCACUUGGAGUUGGUCUCAGAUAUGACCACGGAGGCGUUUAUUGCUGCAUUGCAACGUUUCGUUAGCAGGAGGGGACUACCUCGAGAAAUGCACUCGGAUAAUGGUUCAAACUUUCGGGGUGCGAAAUCGGAACUGAAUGAGCUGUACAAACUUUUUCGGUCUCAAUAUGCGCUUCAUGAAAUUGAGGGAUUUUGCCUAUCGAAGGAAAUUGCCUGGAGUUUCAUUCCACCGGAGGCACCGAAUUUCGGGGGCCUCUGGGAGGCAGCCGUUAAAAGUGCCAAAUAUCAUCUAAAACGCACUUUGAAGGACACUCAUUUGACUUUCGAGGAAUAUAUAACAGUUUUGACGCAGGUUGAGGCUAUUUUGAACUCUCGCCCGCUCUAUGCUACCUCACCCGAUCCUGACAAUCCUGAGGUACUCACCCCUGGUCAUUUUUUGAUCGGGCGACCGAUAAACGCCAUUGCGGAACCGAGCUACCAAGACAUCGCUGCUAACCGGCUUGGACGAUGGCAGUUUCUUCAAAAGCUACGGGAAAACUUCUGGAAAAAGUGGAAGAACGACUACCUCCAGAGUUUGCAACAACGCACCAAGGAUUACAUCAGGAAGCACAAUCUGCAGCCCGGGAUGGUCGUGCUUCUGGAAGAGCAGAACAUGCCGCCACUAAGUUGGAAGUUGGGAAAGAUCGUUCGAACAUAUCCCGGAUCCGAUGAAUUGGUGCGCACAGUCGACGUGAAGAUUGGCGGCACUGUGUAUAAACGUCCCGCUUCGAAGAUAGCAGUGCUUCCCAUCCAGGACAACCAACGUUCCGAGAAUGCUUCUCAGCCCGGGGGAGAAUGUUCACGCCCGAACGUGAACGGCGACUGA